AUGCCCACCGGAGCUUUGAGGCAGGUGUUGGACAGGUGGCGAUGUUGGUUGGUUUUCCGAUUUAUGGAAUAUACAGACACCCAUCAGAAACGUCGUUGUGAAACGGAAGCGCCGAGAAAUUUCAACAGAUGCCCAUCAGAGCUUUUGAGCCAUGUUUUCCGAUUUAUGGAAGAUACAACAAGAUGGGUUGAAGAUGAAAGGUUGGGAAGAAGAUCUGAGGAGAAAAUUCUCAUCGUUUGUUGUUUCUGGGUUUUAGUCUCUCUAUUCACCCUUUGGUUUAUCUUCGGGUUCUAUAACUUAUCAAGUGUAUAUGGGAAUGCUGAAGGUGAUGCAUUGAAUGCCCUAAAGACGCAAUUAAACGAUCCUACUAACAUUUUACAAAGUUGGGAUCCGACCCUUGUGAAUCCAUGUACAUGGUUUCAUAUUACUUGUGACCCAUCGAAUCUCGUUACCAGACUUGAUCUUGGAAACGCACAAUUGUCUGGUCAACUGGUUCCACAGCUUGGUCAACUUACAAAUUUACAGUACUUGGAGCUUUAUGGAAAUAACAUCUCUGGAAAUAUUCCUGAAGAGCUUGGAAACUUAACAAAUUUGAUGAGUUUGGAUCUUUACAUGAACCAGUUAGAAGGUGGCAUUCCAGUCACAUUAGGCAACCUUAAACAACUCCGUUUCCUUCGUCUCAACAACAACAGUUUGACAGGAACUAUUCCAGUUUCUUUAACUGGAAUCAAUUCGCUCCAAGUUCUUGAUCUAUCGAACAAUAAGUUAACUGGGAAUGUUCCUAUUAAUGGGUCGUUCUCACUUUUCACACCUAUCAGUUAUGCGGGUAACAACGACUUGACACUUCCUCCAGCUCCUCCACAAGCUCCUGCUUCACCUAAUUCUCAAUCUUCUUCAGUCGGCAACAGUGCCACCGGAGCUAUCGCCGGAGGAGUUGCCGCCGGUGCUGCUCUCCUUUUUGCAGGUCCAGCAAUCGUACUUGCUUAUUAUCGCCGCCGAAAACCACAAGAUCAUUUCUUUGAUGUUCCCGCCGAAGAGGACCCCGAAGUCCACUUGGGACAACUGAAACGAUUUUCUCUACGUGAACUACAAGUUGCAACCGAUAGUUUUAGUAACAAUAACGUUCUUGGGAAAGGUGGAUUUGGUAAAGUUUACAAAGGAAGGUUAGCCGAUGGUGGUUUGGUGGCUGUAAAAAGACUCAAAGAGGAACGUAGUCAAGGCGGCGAAUUGCAGUUUCAGACGGAGGUGGAGAUGAUUAGUAUGGCGGUUCACCGGAAUCUCCUCCGGCUUAGAGGAUUUUGCAUGACACCAACCGAAAGAUUGCUUGUUUAUCCCUACAUGGCCAAUGGAAGUGUUGCAUCGUGUUUGCGAGAUCGACCCGCUACACAACCCGCACUUGAUUGGCCGGUACGGAAACGAAUCGCGUUGGGAGCCGCACGUGGGCUUGCGUAUUUGCACGAUCAUUGUGACCCGAAGAUUAUACACCGUGAUGUGAAAGCUGCAAAUAUUUUGUUGGAUGAGGAGUUUGAAGCAGUUGUUGGAGACUUUGGGUUGGCUAAACUCAUGGACUAUAAAGAUACACAUGUCACGACAGCUGUACGUGGGACAAUUGGCCAUAUUGCCCCCGAGUAUCUAUCCACCGGGAAAUCCUCUGAAAAAACCGAUGUUUUUGGGUACGGCGUGAUGCUUCUCGAACUCAUCACAGGUCAACGCGCCUUCGAUCUUGCCCGACUUGCUAAUGAUGAUGAGGUCAUGUUGCUUGAUUGGGUGAAAGGACUAUUGAGGGAUAAGAAGCUUGAGACAUUGGUGGAUGCGGAUUUAGAUGGUAAUUAUGUGGAUGAUGAGGUGGAACAGUUGAUCCAGGUGGCGCUAUUGUGCACACAAGGUACGGCACUAGAGCGACCGAAGAUGUCAGAAGUUGUUAGAAUGCUUGAAGGCGAUGGGUUAGCAGAGAGGUGGGAGGAGUGGCAGAAAGAGGAGAUUUUCAGGCAAGAUUACAACCAGGCACACAAUCAGAAUUUUGAUUGGAUAAUUCCGGAUUCAACUUAUAACAUUAGCAACGAACAAUUAUCGGGUCCUAGAUGAUUGGAUUCAUGUAUGGUUGUCGUUGUGCAUACGUAUUUAUAUUGUUUAUACGUGGUAGGGAUAAGUAUGUAAAACGUGUGUAGGGGGUUUCGGGCGAUAUGUUAUUUAUGUUGAUAUAGGUUGGAGGUUGCUUUCGGAAAUAAACAUAGUAUGCUACUAUCGUCAACAAAUAUUGAUAUCAGAAAAAUAGUAAAGGUGGUGUUUGGCAUACCGAUACCAUAGUCAAAGGUGUAAUGAAAUGAAAUAAUGUUAAAAGGGAAAUAAAAAAAUGUCAUUCAAUAGUGAUCCAGUUUACAACAAUUGUAUCCCCUAG